GGGAAGGGGAGGAAGAGAGGGACGAGUCCAGAUUGGGAAAUUAUGAAUCAUUCACAGUAUAUCAGUUCAAGCCCCCCUGCCUUCUGGGAACCCUAGGGUUGAGAAGGAGAUCCAGUGUAGCCUGCAGGAAACCUCCAGUCUUAUGUGUAGAUACUGUCCCUUUUCUCGGAGCGUCCAUGCACAGGGAGGGUAAGGGGACUAUUUGGCCCCGAUCCUCUUCUCUCCUGGAGCAGAGAUAGGAAAGAGGGACCUCAGUGUCGGGUUUCAGGGAAGGGGGGGUAGGGGUGGAUCGUGGAGAGGACUAUAUAUACUUAGGCAGGAUUUUGUUUAUCUUCCCCACUCUGGGACUGCGGUGGUAACAACUGGGACCCCAGACUACGUCCCUCCGGUUGCAGCAGUCUCCCAGGCUCCUGGCCCCAAAACGUCUGCUCAGCACUGUGCCCGGAGUCUCCCCCAGGGACAAUGCUGCCCGCCCUGAUGAUUACACUUAGCUGCCUGGGCCUCAGCUCCCUCACACAGGCCCACAUUGUCCCCAUUGUGCCUUUGGGCCCAGCUCCUGACACCUUUGAUGAUGCCUACUUGGACUGUGUGGAGGAGAUGGAGAAGGAGGCCACCCACCUGCUCCAGGAGGAGAUGGCAAACCACUCCCUGCUCCGGGAAUCAUGGGGGGCUGCCACAGCUACCUGGGAGAGCCGGAGGAGGGGACUCACUCUGCCCCUGGGUUUCCGAACCCAGCAUGCUGUGGCUAUCAUGGUCUACACCAAUUCAUCCAACCCUCUCUACCGGGAGCUAAACUCAGCUGUGAGGACAAUGGGCAGGUCUCAGGAGGACUACAUGAAGCACUUCCCCUUUAAGGCCCUACAUUUCUACCUGAUGCGUGCCCUGCAGAUGCUGAGAGCUUCUGAGAGCUGUCAGGAGGGCCCUGGGCAGGAAGUGUUCCGAGGUGUGAGCAGCCUCCGCUUCCAGCCAAAGCAGCUGGGAGAUGUCAUUCGCCUUGGCCAGUUCACCUCCACCUCUGAGAAAAAAGGGGUGGCCCAGGGAUUUGGAAACAUGACCUUCUUCACCAUGAACACUUGUUUUGGAGUCCCUAUACAAGCCCUUUCAGUCUUCCCAGAGGAAAGCGAGGUUCUCAUCCCUCCUCAUGAGAUUUUCCUGGUGUCUGACUUCUCUCAGGAUGGGACCCGAAACCUAGUGACCAUCAGGAGUCUCAAUCGGACCUGUAGCCACUUCAACUGUGCCUACCUGGGGGGAGAGAAGAAGGAAGGCUGUGUAUCUAACCCAGGACAAAGUUGGGAUGCUCUGCUCCCAGGAUCUUGGCCUCAGCUGAUGCCAAGGACCCUGCUCCUGCCUCAUGGAGCCUUCCAACUUUCGGGCCCAGUGCCCUGAUCUUCCAGGUUCUGGACUGGGAAAUUGUAGGGACCUGUUGGUCCCACUAUUGUGUAUGCCCGGCCAGGCUGACGGCAGCCUGGAGAAGAAAGCAGAGGAAAGAAGAUGAAGAUGAGGAUGAGAAUGAUGAAGGUGUGUGGGAGUUGAUCUGUGAGCCGUAUCCGGGAUCAGGGCAGGGGCCUCAGGCCCCUCAGACCAGGCGGAUGUGGAGCUACAAUGGGUGAGGCCACUCCACUUUGUGGUUGUUGCCAUGGCCACCUCUCAAUAAAGGACCUUGCAAAAUGUCUGCCUCAUUCUUCUAAGCACAGGGGUUGGCCCCUCUUUGGCUGGUAGAUCCACUGGCCAGUGAGCUUGUCAUUUGGUCAGCACCUAAUAUGUCUCAGGCAGGGUUUUCCACGCAUUCUACUCUGUUGUGCUGCAAUAAAGCAGUUUAUUGCCUUUGUUUUAAAUAUUCUGCUGCCUCCCAAUACAAACAAACUUACGCAUCUCCCUUUAAACAUUAUGGGCAAUUCAUCUCCCUACCUGAUUGCAUUUCCUGUCCUUGUAUGUUGCUUAGAGAUCCAGGAAAUUGCAGGGUUGAGAACCCAAGUUGUUUCACAACAUGGGUUAUAUUUGCAAAGUGAUUGUUGUUUGCUGACUUUGGUCAAACAUGGGAAGUUCCAGUAACCACAAAAAGGUCUGUUUGAGAAGUCUAAUUCCCUAGCCUUAAUUCAAUUCGACAACAUUUUCUUAAAUACCUACUUUGGACUAGUUAUUGUGUUGAGGGCUGGAGAUACAAAAAUGGCACUCUUGCCCUCCAAUAGUUUAGAGUCUAUUAGGAAGGAUACAGUAUACACAUCUGAUAAGUAGAUACAAUAUAGUGUUUUCUUUCCAGAACUGGUUAAGUUUAUAGGUGUACACAGCCAAGAUAGAUACAACGUAAGACUUUGAGUGACUGAUUUGAAAAUACAGGAAAGCAUCAGAAACAAUGGACUUGUUCCUGAGAACACAGUGUCUCAAUACCUUGCUUCCCAGCCACUUGUUUGCAGAAGGACAACAGGAGAAACCUAAGUGUCAAAGAACUGGGGGAGCUUGAACCCAAAGCUGUCUAUUGCUUAUUGGACAAAUGGCCAUAGACUGUAGAGAUGAGAUUUGGGAAAUGUACUGGAUGGUUUCCAUAAAAGCAGCUAGCCAGAGCAGAGGUAGCUAAGUGGGCACAGUGGAUAGAGCACCAGGCUUUGAGUCAAGAAGACCUGUGGUUUCAAAUUCAUCCUCAGACAA